AUGCAUCACCUCACCACUCGUGCCAGACAGAGAGAGAAUGAUACCAUAAUCUUGAUAUUUUCGGUAACUACCUUGAUGUUGCUGAUGUGCUCGUUGAAAACAGAAAUGAAUUUCAUUUCAUGCUCCUCGCUCAUCAUGGGUGGUGAAUUAGCGUCCAUUCAAAACUAUCCCUUUAUGGUUUCAUUACAAAGUCAGGGUCGUCAUUUCUGUGGCGGUUCGCUUCUCAACUCUCGAGUCAUUCUCACUGCAGCUCAUUGCUGUUUUUACGAUGAUUUGGAAACACCGUUGGAUCUUAGUAGAAUUCGAGCAGUGUUUGGACAAGAUGAUUUACGAAAAUGUUUGGACGAUUCUCCAUCGACUUCUCCUCCUCAGGAACCACCUACGUCUCCACCAAUUUCCAUACAACCACCAGUUCCACCUCAAAUACCAAUCAUCCCACCAAUUUCUUUUCCUGAAUCGAAUGGAGAACCGUCUUUGGCGCCUCCAUCACAAUCAUCUUCUCAUGAUUCUAUUUCGACUUUACUCAAGAAGGGAAAACAAAACACAUCACCGUCUCCAUGUAUGGAAGCGGAAAUUGAGAGAAUGCAAGUGCAUCCCUCAUUCUCUGUCACGAAAAUGACCAAUGAUUUAGCUCUGUUGUUUUUGAAAGAACCACUGGAUUUGACAUCCUCAGCAAAUUCAAAAGUGAACGUUAUUGAAAUGGAUCAAGACUGGCAAGAUCAACAAAUAUCAGCUUCAAACAUUUCACACUGGAAUGCCAAUAUACUUGAAAUUGUUGGCUAUGGUCGUAUUAAUGGAUCGUUCCGAAGGAAUUAUCAACUUAGAAAAGCCCAAGUCAACGUAACAAGAAGUGAAUUCUGUAAUCGGAGUGGACUCACCAUUCGGGAGCCUCAUCAUCAAUUUUGUGUUGGUGACGGCAACGGUAUUUCUUCAUGUAAGGGAGAUUCAGGAGGUCCCUUAAUUGCCUAUUCAAGUGAAAAAAAUGUUCAGAGUAGCAACAGAAGUAGAAGGAUGACACCUAUAUUGAUUGGAGUUACUAGCUUUGGAUUGGCCAAUAUGUGUGGGAAUAGAACAAAGAGGAGUGUCUAUACGAAUAUUUUACCUUAUAGGAGCUGGAUUGAACAAUAUUUGAGAGCUGCGAUGGGUGAGCCUCCGUUACCGUUACUGAAAAAUCAUGGCGUGAGCAAAAAGGAAAAUCACGACAUGAUAAUGAUUGCAAUCGUGAUGAUCAUCGUACACUUGACCACAAUAUUUCUGUAA